CUUCAGAGGACGGUAUUGGAAUUCUACCAGAUCAAGUAUCUUCAGACAGUGACCCUAUCUAUCUCCUUGUCACACGAUCACUUCAUCCUCUACGAACCAAGCUCGAUCUAUACAUUCCGGUAAACAACAAACGUCACCAUGGAUCUAUCAAAGAUUUCGGGCCUUGGUUUCGUGGGACUAGGGGCCAUGGGUCUUCCCAUGGCCGGACAUCUCGCGGCCAAACUGCCCGAGAGCAUCCAGAUGUUUGUCUUCGACAUCAACCAGGCGAGCGUGGACCAAUUACACAGCGAGUUCCCGAGGCGGAUAGUCAAGUGCUCAAGUGCAAAGGAAGUCGCAGACAAAUCAGAAAUAAUUAUGACGAUGCUGCCAGAGGGCAAGCACGUGCGAUUGGUAUACAUAGAAGGCGGUGACAGCACGAUCUGUUCCAGUGACGUCGCCGGCAAGCUCCUGCUCGAUUGCUCGACCAUCGACACAGCCAGCAGUCUCGCGGUAAAGGACUACAUCAACAAGAAAUUCCCCACGACCUCAUUCUACGACGCACCGGUGAGCGGCGGCGUGGUAGGCGCUCAGAAGGGCACGAUCGCAUUCUUCCUUGGCUGUGACGGUGCCGACCCCAACAUGCCUCAUCUCACCACCCUCCUAAAGAUGAUGGGCAAGGACGUCAUCCCCUGCGGUGGACCGUCCAAGGGACUUGCGGCGAAACUGUCCAACAACUACCUCUCCGGAACCAUCGCAAUUGCCGUCUCCGAGGCGAUGGACAUGGGCAUGCGGUCCGGUCUCGACCCACGAGUUCUACACAAGGUCUUUGCUGCGGGAACCGCGCAGAACACGAUCAGCGACCGGUUCUGCCCCGUGCCCGGUGUUUAUCCCGAGGCACCGUCGUCGAAAGGCUACACGAACGGAUUCAAGGUGCAAUUAAUGCGAAAGGACUACAACCUCGCGUUGGAGAUGGCAAAGAGAGUCGGAUCGAAGAACGUACUGGGCGAGGCAGGGUUGGCUACAUAUGACGGCGCAAGCAAUGAUCCCAAAUGUAGAGAUCUCGACUCCAGAGUGGUGUACAGAUAUCUUGGAGGACGAGAGGAUUGGCAAAAAGAUGCCGAUGAGGCUACGGCUAACAAGCUGACGUGA